CAACAUCCAAAGUUUUCUUUUAUACGAACCUAGUGAAGUGAUACUACUUUAGUUCAUGAUAGGUACUUUAGCAAGUGGGGUUGUCAGUUGAGUAGGAUUGUUUGUUUACAGCAAUAAUUUUUCUUUAGAUUCACCUGUCACUUGCCAGCAAACAAUAAGUUCCAUAAAAUACUUGGAAUUUCAAUUUAAAAAUAUUCGUUGAUGGAAGUACGCUCAUUAUGGCCGGGUGAUGGAGAUAUCUGCUGAUUGAUGUAAAUAAAACUUGUUGCAGAGUUGAAAAUUUCACCCUUAGAAAGUCUGGUAUUAACGCAUUGACUAACGCCAGGUCUGCUUAAAACACAUCAGCAGGUAUAAAUAACAUACCUAUAUUUUCGAAAUUGAAAUUCUACAUGAAUAGUAGGAGUAAAUAAGGAUGGUGAACUCUAAAAAGUGUGGUCAAUUGGCAGUUGGGAUCAUAAUAUUUAUCCUGUUCAAUUGCAUCAUCAGCAAUUAUCUUGAUUUGAAUUCGAUGGAGACUGAAACGCGACGGACCUAUUUCUACUUGAGAGACUCUUUAUCCAGGCAAGCAGAAAAGAUUUCUCCAUUGAAGGCAGAGAAGCCAUGGUUCAUGAAAGGUGGCACUCGUUGGCCAACUCCCGCCGAAGUGGACCAAUCAGGAAAGCGCAAAACGAAGCUGUGGCCACACGAGGAUCCUGACAGCGACCGUAUGCUCAACCAGUACAUGUUUGUGCCACCUGUCUCACCAAAACCUAGGCCAACCAAAAAGAUUCUGAUGUGGCCUACUAUAAUAUUCUGGGAAGAACCCAAGGGAAGUACCGGUAUGAUACCAUUCGCUAGCUGCCCGGUGAGUAAUUGUGAGCUUACUACAAAUGAAGAAGAGGCAGCUAAGGUUGACGCCAUCGUAUUUCUUCACCACUACAUUGAUCACGAAGUCCAUUUUCGUCAACAAAGAACAAAACAUCAGGUGUGGAUAUACUAUAGUAUGGAAAGCCCGAUAUGGACUAAAAUUCCAAAAGGACUAGAUGUAUUCAACUGGACAGCCACAUACAUGCAGAGAAGUGACAUUCCCAGACCAUAUGGCAAAUGGAUCUUCUACAAUGAGUCAAAAACUGAAUGGGAUGGUCCGCCUAGAAACUUUGCUAGCGGAAAAACUAAGAAAGUUGCCUGGUUUGUAUCCAACUGCAAAGCCUCCAACAACCGUUGGGAGUUUGCAACAGAACUCAGUCAAUACAUACAGGUUGACAUUUAUGGACGUUGUGGAAAACUAAAAUGUGAUUCGGAAGACAAAAAAUGUGAUGAAUAUUUGGACAAAGAUUACAAGUUCUACUUGGCAUUUGAAAAUUGUAACUGCAGAGAAUACAUCACUGAAAAGUUCUUCAGGAAGGGCUUAGGUCACAAAGUGAUUCCUAUAGUGAUGGGUGCUCCAAAGGAGGAUUAUGAGCGGGUGGCUCCAAAAGAUUCAUUCAUUCACGUUGAAGAUUUCGCCACGCCCAGAGAUCUGGCCGCCUACCUUUACGAAGUCGACCGCGAUGACAACCUCUUCAACUCCUACUUCAAGUGGAAGGACAUGGGAGAAGUUCUCUACCCCUACUUCUAUUGCCGACUAUGCGCUAUGCUCCACGAUGACCACAUCCCUCGAAAAUACCACCCCAACUUCCAUGAUUUCUGGAAAGCACCAAACUCAUGCAUUGGUGAACGAUAUUGGCGCGAUCUGAAACGUGAAAUCGGUGGUGAACUUCCAUCAGUGUCAUGGAACGGAAAUGAUGAGAAGAGUGUGAAAAUUGAUUGACAGUAAAUAAAUAGAAGAAAACUAAAUGAAUGUUGAUUAUAGAAGUAUUUAUUGUUUUUCUUCUUAUUUUUCUUUAUUUGUAAUGUUUUUUUUGUGAAAUAAAUUUCAAUUCAUUUUCGUUUUGCAUUAGAAGGCGCACAAACAUAAAAACACCAAAGGUUUAUGUAGAUAUAGGUACCUCUAAAAAGCUUCCUCCAUUAAAAAUAUUUUUAUUAUUUUGAAGAGA